AUGAUUAAGAAGGAUGUGGAAUUCAGUGAGGCAAUCGAUGGAAUAUUGUUCGUAACCGAUAUGAGAAAUAUCAGUUCCCUUGGAUCGAUGGAUUUGGGGUGGAACGAGCCAGUUAUUAUGAGAGGUCUGAUGUUUCAAGAAAGCGCCAAGAACUUGGGGAUGAUCUUAGGACCAACCAAGCUGUAUAAAGGUGGCGUUUGA